AUGCUGGUUCGAGGAGUGGUAUUUGGGGCUGUGUUUGUGGUCGCCAAUGGGCAAGGACAGUGCGGACAGAGCUUGUACAGUGAUCACGAAAAUGAAAGGAUUGUUGGAGGGCAAGAAGCGAACGCCGGAGAAUGGCCGUGGCAGGUUUCUCUGAGACGAUUGGGUCGGGAUGGCAGAACUCGACAUUUUUGCGGUGGUGCCCUCUUGUCGGAUAAGUGGAUGGCCACCGCUGCUCACUGCGUUGUCAACAACUACGGUGCAGUCGUUUCCCCGGCAUCCACAAUAAAAGUCCGAGUCGGUGAACACGACCAAAAUGUUUUAGAAAAUCAAGAAAUUCAAGUAGACGCCGGAAAAAUCUUCAAAUACCCGAGUUACCAAGGGUACAAUUACGACAUUGCACUCAUCAAGCUGUCCAAACGGGUGCGAUUAUCGCCGAGAGUCCGCCCUAUCUGCCUCCCGAGUCCCAAUGACAAUUUCGAGAACAGUAAUUGUGUGUCGACGGGAUGGGGAGCUACAACUUCCGGGGGAGGGGCACCAUCUUCGAACCUGCGAAAGGUGUCUGUCCCCGUGUACAAUAAUAAUGUGUGUGCCGCCCCGUACCUCAACAAGUUCAGAAUCACAAUUCAACCUUGGCAUCUCUGCGCGGGAGCUCUUGACGGCGGCCGAGGAUCUUGUUAUGGCGACUCCGGAGGACCCUUCCAGUGUCGCAAAGCCGACGGUCAGUGGUAUCUUGCUGGUCUGGUAUCUUUCGGUUCGGGUUGCGCUCACAAGGGAUAUCCAGAUGUAUACGCGAGAGUGACCCACUUCUUGGAUUGGAUUCAGGCCACCAUGGCACAGAACUGACGUAUUUAAUGAAACCUCCGAAAGCUGUGAGCGGAAACUCU